AGAUUAUAAACAAUGCUUUACACAGGUGCUAUACUCGUUUAGCUUACAACAAAGAAUCGGCAGCACCGGAAUACGGCCGUGCGUGCACCCUUACUCUCCUCUUCUACUGCUCAAAUAAUUGUUUUCAGUAGAAUUCGAAAUCAGCAAAUCUGUUUCAUCACCUCCAUAAUUCUCACUGAGGGUAAAAGCUGAUCUACUAAGAUUUCCUCGAUAAAGAAUAUACUAGCUCAAGAAUGGAGCUGAAUAGUCUUAAUGAUGUUUCUGCAACUUCUCAACAUGUUGAUUCAAAUAAUACAACUACAUCUGACAAGGAACAGAAUGCUAAACCUGAUGUCGAAGAUCAGAUUGCUGGUUACAUAUUCAUGUGCAAUGCUGCAACAAAACCAGAAUGCUUUACCUACAGGGUUUUUGGUCUUCCAGCUUCAAGGAUAAGGGUUGUAGAGAAAAUUAAGCCCAAUACUAAGUUGUUCUUGUUUGACGUCGAUGUAAAGCUUCUUUAUGGGCUAUAUGUAGCUAUAUCUAGUGGAAAGUUGGCAUUGGAGCCGUAUGCUUUUGGGGGGAAAUUUCCUGCUCAGGUUAAGUUCUCGAUUGCUAGGGAAUGUUUACCUUUGCCAGAGGUGGCUUUCAAAGAUGUUAUUAAAGAAAACUACUACCACAGAAACAAAUUCAAUCAAGAGCUCAAUGAUGAGCAAGUAAAUAAGCUAGUUUCACUAUUUCAUCCAAUGACUGUACCGUCACCACAAGGGCCAUCUCUGUCCUUUCUGGAUGGUGUGAGAACUGUCUAUCAAAAGUACGUGGAUCCAAGCCAGCAGGUUACCAGAUAUACAUGCAUGCGCAGUGAAAGAAAUGUCCCAGAAGUUCCACAAACAGUCUAUGCCAAUACUUAUUAUGGCCAAAAUCCAAUGAUUCCAGUAUCAGCUGCUAUGGCACCCUCAAAUUCAACGCUGUCCUCAGCUUCUCAAUGGGUUGCUAUUGCUGCUGAAUCCCUGAAUGCAGAAGUCCGAACUUCGAAUCUCAGACUACCCUCCUCAAGCUAUGUACCAGGUGUGAGCCAUGCGCACAAUGGUUCUGACAGCAGGGGAGUGGGCUAUGGAUAUCAGAAUCCAGCAUACCAUGGCUCUCAUCAAACACUAUCGGUGACCACUGACCAAGGAGUAAACAACUGGUCCAACCACGCAUAUGAUAUACACCCUCAUUAUGUGAGUAGCUAUCACACUCAAAAUCAAGGUGAUUCAGCUAGGUCUCAUACAUGGGCAUCAGGAAGCAGUGGUGUGAGUGUUGAUAAUGCAUAUACGCAUAACAACAGCAAUAACCAUUCAACCUCUGUAAGUUAUGGCAAUAGUUAUACUCAAGGUUAUCUUCCGUUGCCUCCAUCACAGCCAUCAGUGAGCAGUGUAGUGGAUGCUGGUAAUUCAUAUAUACAUUAUUAUGGUGCAAACUCUGCAACUGCGACUGAUGCAUAUGGAAAUCAAGAUAACUACAGCUUCCAUUAAACAGCUCCUGGAGCAACCUUUUAACAAACCAGUAAUAUGGAUCUGAAAUGCACCAAGCCUAUCAGAGUAUUGCAACAGUUGACUAUGUGAAUCAAAACUAGUAUAGCUGAAUUAAAAGUUCCACUCUGAUCUAACAGGUAGCUAUGCAAAUAUUUUUCAGUUGUAUUCCGGAUAUAAUUCGAUCUAGUAUGUGUUGAUAGAGACUGCGAGAAUGUAUAUUAAUUGUCAUUCUCCAAAUUGAAACAGAGUGUGUUGCUGACACAAGUUUUGGAUAAAAACGAUUGACAGAGUUGCUUCCUUGGUA